GUUGGCGCGGGAUCCUACGAGCUGAGCUGCACUGGGGCACAGUGUACCGGGGGGAAGCGUGUGAAGUCUCCGAGAACGUCCAUAGAAAGCUAAGAGGGUGGACUGAGCGGCCCAGACGGAGAAUUCGGGGUCCUGCCAUGGCGGACGGGGCGGACCUCAUUGAUAUUUAUGCUGAGGAGGAGUUCAUCCAGGAAGCUGAAUUUGCUGCAGAGCAGAUUGACCUAUAUGACGAUGUCUUGGCAGUGGCCUCUCUUGGAUCUCACCCAGAUGGGAGGAACAAUAUUCCAGAACCCACCUCCCCUAUGCAGGCUACCUCUGCUAAAUCCAACAACAAGUCACCCGCCAUUUUGUACACGUACAACAAUGUGCGCAAGAAGGCAUCGAUAUAUAUUGGAAACUUUUCAUGGUGGACAACAGAUCAGCAGCUUAUCUCUGCCAUCCGCGCCCUUGGUGUCCGUGACCCUAUUGAAGUGAAAUUUGCAGAGAACCGUGCAAAUGGCCAGUCCAAAGGGUAUGCAGAAGUGGUGGUUUCCUCGGAGACAUCUGCAAACCAGAUUUUGGAACAGUUGCCUCUCAAGAAGAUAAAUGGGGAGAAGCCUGAUGUUCGACCAGCAAACCGCCAGAGCCUUUCCUUCUUCGAAGAUUUGUCACGAAAGAAAAUUCCUCCCAGAGUUAGUUCAAAGGGAACUGUGGACUCGCCAGAUUUUACUUCAAACUUCAACGACUCUGCUCCUUCAUUACCACUUCCAGAGACUCCUAAAAACAUAGUGCCCUACUUUGCACGGCCACCUUUCAUGGAAAACCCUUCCCGCAUCCCUGUCAUGACCCUUCCAAGGCCCCCUAUGCCUGUUCCACCACCUCCUUCACCCGCAAUGCCUCCUACAUACCGUGCUCCCCCAAUGCCCCCUAUGCACUAUCCGCACCUCAUGCCCCCCCCUCCAAGGUUGCCACCUCACCUAAGCAUGCCUCCCCCAACUGGCGUGCCUCCUGCUCUUCACCUAAACCCUGCUUUCUUCCCACCUCCUAAUUCUGUGCUAGGACCCCCACCCGAUCCCUACAAAAUGAUUCCUAACCUCUAUGGACAGGGAAGGGACAUGAAACACCAGCAGCCCCCAGUCAGUGAGGCAGAGUUUGAUGAGUUAAUGAACAGAAAUAGGGCGAUUUCGAGGAGUGCACUUUCCAAUGCUGUAUGCACGGCAUCAUCGGGGGAUUUUACAAGUGCCAUGAAAACAUUAGAAACAGCAAUAGCUGUCAUCAAGGAAUCUCGUGUAGCCAAUGAUGAUAGAUGUCGUGUUCUACUGACAUCGCUUCGGGACUGUCUGCAUGGGAUACAAGACAAGGCCAGCUCUUCCAGAAAGCGUCACCGCUCUAGAGACAGAUCACCCAGUCGGUCGCGGGAAGGCAGCAGCCGGCGCCACAGAGAUCCACACGAAGACAGAUCAGACGAAUAUUAUCACGACCGUCAUCGUGAUAAGGACAGACACCGCUAGUAGAGGUCUUCAACGUACUUCACAGAUGCUUUUUUUUUUUGCCCUUUUUUUUUUUUUUUCUAGGUUUUUUUUUUUUUUUUUUUUUAGUUUUAAAAAAGAGACUCACAUUUUGUUGUUGUGACAUAGAGGUGAUGCCUGGCCCUCCAGCUACAACAGAGACCUCUGUUACUGCAGCCCCUAAUGGAUUUAUUCCAUUUCAUGCAGGGACCAACCUCUCUCCUGUAAAGCACAGCUCUCUCUUCCUGUUCCCAACCAACAGUCUCGCCUAGACACCUUUUACAGCACCGGCCCAUUCUGAUGAAUUCUUUUCUUUGCUAUUGUUGAAUCCCUCCUGUUUUCCCACCAGAAGUAGUGUCUGAUCAAUUGCAGUCUUCCCCGUGUUUUAGCUUUACCUUGUUGCAUUAUUGGACACGUCAAGGGAUUGUCUUUUUUGAGUGACGCUAACAUCUGUCCAGUGAUGUACUUAACCUUCAUCUGUCCUGUAAAUGCUCUGUAUGCCUGGCCUUUUUUCAUGGGCUGGUCAGACUGUUGUGAAGCGUGCAGGCAAGAAUGCCUGUUGUGUUGUGGGUGGGGAUACCUAAUGUGUUGAAGCAGAACUCAUCUCCCUGUGUUAACCAUUUACCAUCCCAUCAUAUAUGGAGGGGACUGCAUUUACCAAUUUUGCUAUGGACUGCAGAUGGGAGAGGUGGCUUCAGUGGUCGAUCUAACAGUAUAUAUUUUUUCUUAUAUUUGAAAACAUCCGAAUUUUUAGUUGCUCAUCAAUCGAGGGGUGUAAAGACAACUUGCUGGACAGCAUUGCAGGGAAUUCACCCUUCCCAUUGACACUCGAUUGCUCCUCCUAGAAACUGCGAAUAAACUUGAUAAAGGUGUCACUCUUUUA